UCCUAUGUUAACGUAUCAUAAUCGUUGAGGCAGCAAGUUGUCUAUGGCGUUGUUUGCCUAUGGUUAGACUAACCUUCCUCUGCUUGCCGCUAGACAAAGGCAAACUCGGUCUUUCUGUGUUGGGAUGUUUUUAGUUUGAAAGGUAGAAGACUUAAAAAAAGCUACUUUUGUAAAUUAAAUCAAAUAAGAAAUGGAUUACCAAAACCGUGCCGGUGGUAAGACAGGCACUGGUGGCGUGGCGUCAUGGUCGGAGACGAAUAGAGAUCGUAGAGAGCGUCUCCGACAGCUUGCCUUGGAGACCAUCGACAUCAACAAAGAUCCCUAUUUCAUGAAAAACCACUUGGGUUCUUAUGAAUGUAAAUUGUGCCUAACACUUCAUAACAACGAAGGGAGCUACUUGGCGCACACCCAAGGUAAGAAACAUCAGGCCAACCUCGCCCGUCGAGCAGCCAAAGAGGCCAAGGAUUCUCCACAACAGCCUGCACCAGAUAAGCCGAGGAUAGAACCGAAGAAAUUUGUUAAAAUUGGUCGACCUGGUUAUAGAGUAACAAAGCAACGGGAUCCUGAAACGGGACAACAAAGCCUUCUUUAUCAAGUUGAUUAUCCAGAAAUUGCUGAUGGCAUCUUGCCAAGGCAUAGAUUUAUGUCUGCUUAUGAACAGAGGGUUGAACCUCCAGACAGGAAAUGGCAGUAUCUCCUUUUUGCCGCCGAACCUUAUGAAACUAUUGCAUUUAAGGUACCGAGCAGGGAAGUUGACAAAUCGGAGAACAAGUUCUGGACACAUUGGAACAAAGACACAAAACAAUUUUUCCUCCAGUUCGCGUUCAAGAACGACGCUGUCGGCAUCCCUUCACUGGUCACAUCCCUUCCAUCACAUCUGCCUAUGCCACGGCCUCCACAUCUCAUGCCUCCUCCACCUCCGAUGAACGUCCCUCCACCGCCACCAAUGUUCAAUCCCGUUCCACCACCUCCACCUAACCUCAUGAUGGCACCGCCUCCUCCACCAAGCCACCACCAGCCGAUGAUAUUAACAUUAAAAAAGCCUUCGACGAUGAAUGUCAAAAUUUUUUACAUGCUAUUUUUAGUCGCUAAUUCAUAUGGGAAGGAAGAGCAAUUUACUUAUAAAACUUAUAAAGAAAUUUCUGAUUUUUUAUUAGAAAAAGCAGCCAAACAUGAAGACAGCGUAGAACACUUUUCAAUAGGUGAAAGCGUAGAGGGCCGGCCGAUCACCGGGAUAAAGAUCAACAGAGGAAAAUCGCCCAAGCCGACAAUUUUAGUAGAUGGUGGUAUACAUGCCAGGGAGUGGGUUGCACCGGUUGCAGUCGUUCAUUUUAUCGAGCAACUGCUAGACAAUGAUACCAAUUUGGAGAUGACUGAGAAGCUGAACUGGUAUUUAUUGCCGUUGCUCAACCCAGAUGGAUAUGUCUUCUCCAUGGAUUCAAAAACGGGAAGACUCUGGCGGAAGAACCGUGCGAGGACAUUCGACCCGUUCUGUGAUGGAGUGGAUCUCAACAGGAAUUUUGGUUUCAUCUGGGGCGGGCCUGGCUCGAGCGACAACCCUUGUGACAUGAACUAUAGGGGUCCGUUUCCAUUUUCGGAACCGGAAGCAUCAUCUUUUGCCAAUUUUUUCCUACCGAGGGCAAGCGAAAUCCAAAUGUACCUCACGUUCCACAGUGCUGCAACUGCAAUUUUAUAUCCUUGGGGCUACACAGAUCUUGUUCCUACUGACUGGGAUGAACUGGACAGUCUUGGUAAAAAGGUAGCUGCAGAAAUGAUGAAAUUUAAUGGAACAAGGUAUGCAGUGGGUCCAACGACGCACUUAGUUGGAGUUGGCGCGGGAGGAAGUGACGACUGGGCAAAGGGGUCAGUUGGUACCAAAUAUGUCUACACUUUUGAGAUGCCUAGCCAGUCAUUCCCGCAGGCAGGAUUUGACGCCCCAUUGGACGCUCUCCCUACCAUUGCUAAAGAGUCAUUUGUGGGUUUGAAAGUGUUUGCUCAACACCUUUAUUCAAAAUAUGAUAAUAAUACGAUUGAUCAUUGAUUCUAUACCAAACAUAAAUAAUAAUGAAUUA